AACUUUCAAAAGAUCGGUGAAGUGCGAGUGAAUAUUCCUUCCCAUCCGGGGUAAGAGUAUGUUUUGCAUGUUUUUUUGUUAGAGACCUGGAAUCCUGACUCUACUGUAAUGAUCUUUCUUUACAGAUUAAUGUUCUUCUAGAAUCCCAGACCAUUACUUUGCUUCUCGUCUGUUUCUGUCCUUGCGGGUUGCUGUUGUGUUUCUUUAGAUGCUUUUUUCCCCUCCCAUUCUUUCCGUACCAACCAACAUAUUGAAACCUCUCUCUGGACUGGAAGUCUUGCUUGGCCGUGUUUACCUAAUGGAUUGAAACAUGAGUGUGAUUAUGCAUCGAUGGACCUCUUAUAAUUGUUCGAGUAAUAUGUUUCAUUUCAUCUCAUGUGAUAUUAAUAACUAAUGCUGUAACAAUUCAGUUGUGGUGGUAAGCCGGGAUUAAAUAAUUAUGCAUAUAAAAAUUAAUAUAAUGGAGAAAUCCCGGGGACAAGAAAAUGGCCUACCACCUGAAGUAUAUGUUAUACAAUACCUUUAUAUAGUAACAGCCACGUCAUCUACGUUCCCCUUUUUUCCCUCUCCUUCCUUUUAAACCGCUCCUUCCCUUCCAAACCCUCCAACCGUUCAUCCCACGUGUCACUCUCUCUCUCUCUCUCUUCCGCCGCACUUCCCGGCGACGAUGACGGAGGAAAUCGCACGGAACUUCGCUGAUACUUCACGUGGCCGCAUCUCCUCGAAGGUUUCUCUCUCUCUCUAGAAGGAAAAGCUCCUUCUGUUCUCCGCCACCAUCCGAACGACAGAUAUCGGCUGACCGUUCUUGGUGGGAGAGCGAUUUCCGGGCCUACCUACAAGAAACUCUCCCACCAGCUUCUUCGCCUUCUACCUUUGAUUUGUUCUCCCAGAGAAUCUCUGAUCCGGCGGUGGUCUGUGUUUUUUUGCCUUCGAGUUCAGGAGAUUGAUUGGUCGGUCUUCGUGGUGGCUGAGCCAUGACUGCCGGUGGCGUUAAUCAGCUCAUCUCCGUUCAACCCGAUGAACUCAAAUUCAUUUGCAUGCACUGAUGAUCACAAGAUUCAUCGUAUUAUGUCAGUUGAACUGGAGAAGCAAAGCUACUGUGAUCUGAAAAUUGCUAAUAAAACAGAACACUAUGUUGCUUUUAAGGUUAAAACAACUUCUCCAAAGAAGUAUUUCGUAAGACCCAACACAGGUGUGGUACAGCCAUGGGACUCCUGCAUCAUUAGAGUGACUCUACAAGCGCAACGGGAACAUUCUCCUGAUAUGCACUGCAAAGACAAAUUUCUACUGCAAAGUACCAUAGUACCUCCACAUACCGAUGUGGACGAGCUUCCUCAAGACACGUUCACCAAGGACGGUGGAAAAACAUUAGAAGAGUGCAAGCUUAAAGUCUCGUAUGUCUCUCCUUCUUCACCGCAUGAAUCCUGUGAGAACACAACAACAAAGGGUGAUGGACAUGGCUCUGAAACCAUUUCUACCAUACAUCGCCUGAAGGAGGAAAGAGAUGCGGCUGUUAAACUAAUGCAACAGCUGCAACAAGAACUGGAGACGCUGAGAAGAAGGAAAAGCCAGAAGAGUGAUGCAGGCUUCACCCUAAAGUUGGCAGCUAUUGUGGGGCUCGUUGGAAUCAUAAUUGGAUACAUACUAAAAUUCACCUUUUCUUCGCCUCCCGAAACGAUCUGAAACUUCUCUCCACAUCUUCUGUUGAGUCGGAUCGAUCAAAAUCAGAGUCGAAAUGGCCGCCCUCUUCCCGGCUACUCUAAGGGUAUUAUUCUUGCUCUCCUCUCAGGGUUUUUUUUCCUUCUUUUUAGUAGUAUCUGUAUGUUCAAAUGCUAUUUGCUGCUUGUACAUCUUCCCACCCAAAUGGACAAAUAUCACUUGACUUCUCUUCCGACUCCUGUUAAGCAGAAUGUUUCUUGUGGUUGGUUCUUGAAAGGGAAAAAAAAUGCUCUGAGGAAAUAAUAAUAAACAAUAAUAUAUUUGUC